AUGGCAGAUCACGAAGAUUUCAUCGAAGAACAUGCGGAGGAAGAACAAAAAAGUGACAAGCACAACUGGGGAGCUGCUGAUCUCGAGAAGGUUACUGCUAUGUCGUCAAAUGAAGAUGAGAAAGAAGUGGAAGUCUUGGGAAAUCUAGAGCGACUCAUCGAGGCACCCAUGGAGAAAAAAGCAACGAUCAAAUUGAAGAAAGAAGAUGUGCAAACGAUUAUCGAUGAAUUACUAGUCUCAAAGUUGCGUGCGGAAAAAGAAUUGUUGAAUGCCGAGGGAGAUUUGAAAAAAGCCCUUCGAUCACUUACGGGUUUU